CCGACUUUGACGCACAGGUGCCCGAGCUCGCGCCUUCCUUACACCGCGACUCCCGCUGCCUUGAGCUCUACACUCAACCGCCAUGGCGUCCGUCGAAAGCGUGCCUGUUUACAUGCUUCCGGGCAUACCAGUCGCUCAGCCUUCACAUUUGGAGGGUGAUGCAAGCCUGGCGACCGAAAUCCUCCCUGGGCCGCCACCGCUAGCCUCGGUACAGCAUGCCGGCCAACCUAGGAAAGACCACAGGAAAACCCUGACGGUGCUUUCUUACUUGCCCGCCUCUGACCCAGGAACCACUUACGCAGGGCACAUGGCGGCCCCCCUCGCCUCCGCGGCUGAGGCAGAGGGCCCUCGCAGAAAACGGGCAAGGCUGGAGCGAAGCUCUGUCGCCAGCAGAGCACAGCGUGCGUCGGCGCGCAACCUGAAUGCGACCGCCUCCGUGAUGGAUGCGUCAGCCCACCUCGAACCCAUGGCGUCCUCCUCUCAUCUCGUCCCUGACACCGACCCUACUUCUCUUGCCCUCGACUCUGACGAUCCGGCGUUAUCGCGAUCCAACUCCGUUCCCCUGGGUGAGGAUCCAGUACCAGGACAGAGUCAUGCGAGGGGAGGGCCUGUUGCUCGCAAGGAUAAAGGGAAGGGGAGAGAGAGGGAUGCGGCUGUGAGGAUCAAGGAGGAGCCUACUCUGGGGACAUUGCCUUUGAACGACUAUCCGGCCACAGGGUCAAACGAAGAUCACUGUUCGUCCUGUCGCUCACUCGGGGACCUCGUCUAUUGCGACGGAUGCCCGAGGGCAUUCCAUUUAUGGUGUUUGGACCCGCCAUUAGAGCCAUCCGAUCUACCAGAAGGCGAGACAAGCUGGUAUUGUCCGGCUUGUACAUUGCAGCAGAAACCCCCUCCCAAACCGCCAGCGUCACUGAAGUUCAUGGCGCCCCUCAUUGCCGAGCUGCAGGCGCGAAUGCCGGUUGAGUUCCAACCACCAUCAGAUAUCAGAACAUACUUCAAGGAUGUCGCGACAGGGCCACGGGGCACCUAUAUGGAUAGUUCAGAGAUUCGACCGCCUCGCUUCAACCGUCAUGGGCAACUGGAGGAUCGCGAUCCUUAUCGUUUAAAGGACAGAAACGGGGAACCGGUCCUUUGUUACAGGUGUGGUACGUCGGCUUUGCCUCCCGGAGUAGCUGCCUCUGCGCCAGCUGCCAAACGCGCGAGGAGAGAAUCGUCGAGGUCCAGUCAUUCAGAGAGCGGAAGGAGCAUAGUCUCUUGUGACUACUGUCACCUUCAUUGGCACCUGGAUUGCGUAGAUCCACCUAUGUCGUGUAUGCCGCCCUGGGGUAAGAAGUGGAUGUGUCCGAAUCACGCCGACCGCAUAUUUCGUCGUAUACCGAAGGCCACUGCAACCCCUAUCGACAUCACCAAGCCUCGCCAGUCGAAUAACGGGAACAUCGAGAUCAUUCAACUAGAACCAACACCUGCCGCACCGAGUAAGAUGACCGUCGACGAAGUCUUGAUCAAUGGCCGGCGUUAUAGAGUGCCUGAGAGGGUCAUAACGUUGGAUUUCUGGACCAAAGUGGGUCGUGGGCAGAGACAGUACGAUGAACGUACAGACGAUACAAGCGCAUUGUCAUCUCCAUUGACGUCUCUGACCUCGUUAGCUGGGGAUGACGACGACCAUAUCCCCGCAAUCGACCCGUCAAUACCCUUGUUCUCGCUCGAAGAUAUCCGCGUUGCACAGCUGUUAGCCGGUCUGCAUCUAAGUCAUGGUGCACCAAGCAGUAGUACCUCCCCUCCACCGUUAGUGUCAAACGGCGUCAACGGCACGUUCGAGUCCGCGGGCGCUUCUCAGUCCAACGUCCGGGAUGGCUCUUUGAACGAAACGAGAGGGCGGGACCAGGUUAAUGGCGCUGCGAAGCCCAUCGUCAAAAAGGAGCCGACUGCUUCCAAUUCUGUCCCAGGCGCUGAUACGUCCAAGGCUGAUGCAUCCAAGGCAAGACAGACACCGGGGAUGCGACCGCAGUCAGCGAGACGGAGUGCGCGCGGAGACGAUGAUGACUAUAGACCCAAUAAUCGGGUGACCUUACCCGCCGCCUCAGCGUCGGCGCGCCGGCCUCGUGGUCGCAAGGAUGAGGCCAAGCAGGAAGCGAACCAUGUUCAUGCGACUGAAGCAACUGCGCCAGCAGACUCUGUCUCUCAGGCUGUCUUAGCCGGUAACCACGCACUGACUGCAAAUCAAGUGGAACUUCCGGCCCCGUCUGGGACGUCCAUCUCGGCGAGGCCAAGGAAGGGGAAACGUCGAGCACGGAGACGAGCGUCUCCGGGGCAGCUAGGCCCGCGCAAUGGUAGCAACGCGAACGACGGGUGGGAUACUGUCGAUUCCGAAGAGCCGGAUACCCCAUUGGCCCUCUCCUUGACAAGGAUCCCGUCUGGUUCAAAGCAGGUUGACCAUGUCAAGAAAGAACCUCAGUCUCGAGGCGUGGCAAGCACUCCAUCUGUGCCGAGCUCCAAGGUUUCUGCACCGCCAGUGUCCUCUACUGCGAAGACAGGGGAGACCACUCCGUCUCUGAAGAUUCGUUUGCCGGGCCUCGCGCAUCUUAAUCGCGCGGCGCUUUCCACCCUACCCAAACCCACCGCAUCAGCGGAUAGCCGCGAACUGCCGUCGAUAUCUACUGCCCCUUCACGGGGCCGGGCUCCACGGACCCCAAGAGCUAGCGCUGCUGUCGCUCCUCGUGAGCGGCGUUCCAGUCGACGAGACCGGCCGCCCUCGCGGUUUUCCCUCAGUCACAUACUCCCACUAUCGUUAACCGCACCAUUAAGCCAUACCCUCUGUCUGGUCAUAAGUAUAUAUUGUAAACGGUAUAGCGAGCUGUAAUGUGUCUGUGUAUGACUUGCUACAAUCAGGGCAGUCGCUCUGGCCUUAAAGUGCUCACACAAGUUAUCAGCUUCAUUAUGAACGGCCUUCACGUCGUCAGCAUUUGUCCAGCAUUGCAACAUAACUCUUAUAUGUCUAUUUAGAUUCGGUGAACUCAGUCGUUACUAUUCGUCAGUGUGCUGUCUCAGUGUGCUGUCACAGUGUGCUGUCUCAGUGUGCUGUCACAGUGUGCUGUCACAGUGUACCUGAUGGAAGUGCCAGAGUUGCUGCAGUAUGUCAUCGUUAUUCUGAAUCAUCUGGAUGUACCACUCCGGUAGAUCUAUCUGGGGGCAGUACGGCACUUGUACCAGCUGCGUCUGAUUCAAUUGUCGUUAGCCAUCUGCCUGCAUAGGUUCAUAGUCCGC